AUGGCAGAUGAGGAGUACUAUGAGAUGCCGAAGCUAUUCGACCUGGACGAGUAUAGAGGGUGUAUGGCAACACGCGGCGUCUACUGUGUCGGCAGCUUCGAGCUUCUGGCCCCGCGCUCGCACGUGCUCUACCGCCGCAUGCAGCGCUGGUCCGCCAACUGGGUGGACAACUACAACCACACACGGCUGCACCGCGGAGUGUGCGUGUCCCGCCGGUGCCCCGUGCGCCCUACACCACACCACCUGGCUUCCUGGUUCGAGUCAUGCGUGCAGCAGGAGAUGCGAUCGUCGUACAACCUGAGCGCGCAGCUAUCCCGGCUGGAGUACUGCUCACGAGGGGGACCCGCGCCCCCCGCCUCACUGACCGCCUCCCAGGCCGCCUGCGCCGCGCUUCUCAUGGUGGUGCUAACGCUCGCCUUCGUCAGCACCACCCUGGACUUGACGCUCUCCGAUCACGCUCGCAAGGAGCGCGGCUGGGCGCUAAGCUGGUCUGUAGUGCGAUCAUGGCGCGCGCUGACAGCUGGAACUCCGCGGCCGCGCCCUUCCGCUCCGGACCUGCGCACCUUCGACGGCCUGCGCGUGUUCUGCAUGAUGGCUGUCAUCUUGGAGCACGUGUGCUGGCUCGCCUCACUCUCCUACGUCGCUGACGCGCGCUACUCAGAACUGACUCGCCGCGACUACGACGCCAUGCUGAUGACCAACAGCACACUAGUUGUGCAGAUCUUCUUCCUGAUGGCAUCAUUUCUGCUAGCCCACAAAAUACUUCAACAGCGGCGGAAAAACUUGCCCCUCAUGAAAACAUUCUUCGAGACCAUCUUGAAUCGAAUUGUAAGGAUAAGCCCGAGUAAUUUCGUAGUGGUGUGGUUCGUGGCAACAUGGAUGGAGCGGCUCGGUGACGGGCCGCUGUGGAAGCCACUCGUCGGCGAAGAGGCCGCCGUCUGCCGCCGCAAGUGGUGGACGCAUCUCAUAUACAUGAACAACGUUAUCUACCCCGACGACAAGUGCUUGAUACAGACCUGGUACCUUGCCGCCGACAUGCAGCUGUACGUGGUGGCGCUGCUUGCCACUCUGUUGCUCCGAGGGCGCCGCGCCGCCGUGCCCCUACUGGCAGGCCUUUUCAUCUUCGUCACCGGAAUCAACUUCACACUCGCCUGUCUCUGGCGUCUCGUGCCUACUUUUGUCCUACACCGACCUGAGUCGGUACUGGUGGCUUACGGCGGGGAGCCCUCCUUCAAUGUGCUAUACCAGUCACCGCUGGGGAACGCCUCAGCCUCGCUGGCGGGGCUCCUGCUAGCGCACCUCCAUCACGCCCUUGGAGAUGCCGGCGUGCGCAUCGCCGACCACAAGGUUUUCCGCGCGGUGUCGGUGCUGUGUGCACCUGCGGCGCUAGGCUGGGCGGCGCUGUCUCCACGUCUCCUGGGGGGCGGAGUCCCGCACCCGAUGGCCGCUGCCGCUCUGGCUGCACUCGAGCGUCCAGUAUUCGUGCUGCUUGUCACCGUGGCGUUGCUGGGGGCCAUCAACGGCGUCAAGUCAUGGUGGCGCACGUGGCUGUCCCACUUCGGCAGCGUGGCGCCGCGGCUGUCGUUCGGAGCGCUGCUGCUGCAUCUGUCGCUCAACAAGGCACUGCUGGCAACACGCUUGCAGCCCAUCCAGCUGGAUCGCCCGCAUGUGUUUUUCCAAUGGUUCGGUGUGGGAGUGCUGUCAUACUCUGCUGCUAUUCCGCUAGCCUUGCUUGUGGAGUUUCCUACACAGAGGCUGUACAAAGAAGUGACCGAGCUCAUCAACAAAUAUAAACAACCAACUCAAGACAUCAAGAUGGACACAUAAACAACUAUCAACAUAAUACUAUGUUGAUAUGAUAUUGUAAUUGUAAAUAAAAUU